AUGGUCGUCGGUUUUAAACUCGGUAUGAUCGGCCUACUGGGCGCUGCUGCUGUGCACGCCGCCCCGGCUGCCACUCGUGCAUCUGAAAUUGAGCAGCGCUCUUCCACUUGUACUUUCACCGGCGCCAAUGGCGCCGCCUCCGCCAUCAAGUCGAAGACUUCUUGCUCGACUAUUGUUCUGUCCAACGUCGCUGUGCCGGCCGGAACCACUCUUGAUCUGACUGGUCUGAAGAAGGGAACUACGGUCAUCUUUGAAGGAGAGACCACCUUCGGCUACAAGGAAUGGUCCGGUCCUCUUGUCUCGGUUUCGGGAACCGACAUCACCGUCCAGGGAGCUUCCGGAGCCUACCUCAAUGGCGACGGUGCCCGCUGGUGGGACGGAAAGGGAACUAACGGCGGCAAGACCAAGCCCAAGUUCUUCUACGCCCACAAUAUGAUCGGUUCGAAGAUUGAGAACAUCUACAUCAAGAACUCUCCCGUCCAGGUCUUCAGCAUCAACGGUGCUAACGAUCUCACGCUGAGCGGUAUCACGGUCAACAACGCCGAUGGCGAUUCCCAGGGUGGCCACAACACCGAUGCUUUCGACGUUGGUUCGAGCACCGGCGUCUACAUCACCAACCCCAAUGUCCACAACCAGGAUGAUUGCUUGGCCAUCAACUCGGGCUCGGAUAUCUCAUUCACCGGAGCUACUUGCACUGGAGGCCACGGAAUCUCCAUCGGCUCCGUUGGCGGACGCUCCGACAACGACGUUGAGAACGUCACCAUCGAGAACUGCAGCAUUACCAACUCCGCGAACGGUGUCCGCGUCAAGACUAUUUACGGUGCCAAGGGCUCUGUCAAGAACGUCACCUACAAGGACAUCACCCUGUCCAACAUCUCGGACUACGGCAUUGUUGUUGAGCAGGACUACAAGAACGGCAGUCCCACUGGUACUCCCACUAACGGUGUCCCCAUCACCGGCCUCACCGUGAGCAACGUCAAGGGAACUGUUGCCAGCAGCGCUACCGAUAUCUAUGUUCUUUGCGCCUCCGGAGCUUGCUCCGACUGGACCUGGAGCGGUGUCAGUGUCAAGGGCGGCAAGACCAGCAGCAAGUGCAAGAACGUGCCCAGCAGCGCCAGCUGCUAG